UUUUAAAUGAGAUUAGUGUUCUGGAUUAUAGUGUUUUUAAAUAUUGUCCAAGCUAUCCCUAAGAAGUAAAUACAAAUUCACAACAAAUUCAAUACUCCAAUUAAUGCUCAAGAUGUUUAAUUAAGUGAAGUAGAUUUAGCUCUUUAUUAAAAUGAUUUGCAAUAAAUUGGUUAAAAGAAUCACUUAAAAUCUGAAAUUACAAAUUGGAUGCAUGCCAAGACAAGUAUGUUAGAAUAGAUGUCUAUUGUUUACAAUAACUUUUAAAUAUUUAUGUCUAAGUAAUAAUAAAUUGGAAUUUUAUUGGUCUGCGUAAUAUGCUUUGCAUUUUACUUAAUGGUUAAAUCUGAAGAUUAAAAUAUGAAAUAGAGAAAAUAGAACCCAAAAAAGAAAUAGAAGAAUUGUUAAUAAGAGGCCAUAGUAUAGAUAUUAACUGAAUCUUUACUUGCAAAAGAAUAGUUUCCCCUUCCAUAAGUAUCAACAAUAAAUGGAUCCAUUCAUUUUGAAGAAAGAGUGUUUUUAUUAUAAUUAAUAUUUGUAGAAAUAAAUCAGCUGAUUAAAUGAAAAACAAGGAGUAAUUUACUAAACUUAAAAGAUCAAAUUCCCAACCGAUAAUUGAACCAAAUUUACCUGAUUAUUCUGCUGAAGAGAUUAAUAAUUUAUUGAAGGAUAUUAUCUGA